AUGGCCGAGAGGCAGCGUCCUGCUGCCACUGCUGCUGACAUAGAGGUGGUUCGUGUUGGUGUCGACCCAACUAUCUGUGCUCUAGAUGCACCCUUCCGCAUUGAGAUCGAUCUGCGAUCAGAGGCGCCGCUGCCAAAGGCGCAGUGGCAGGUGAAGUUCCUGGCAGACCUCGUGCACCACCAGGUUCCAGUGCUGCUGCCUGUGGAUCGCAUCAAGGAAAGCUCCGAGGACGCGGAGGACGGCGCGUCCUCUCGCAGUGUGGAGCUCUUCGUGUCCGGCGUGCCGCCGGACGCGCUACCGGCCUCGGCUCUCGAUAGCCUUGGGCUGCUGGAAGUGCGGCUCUUGGACUCCGCGGAGUCCCCGUUGAAGGGCUCUGAGAGCCGAGAGCUUUGCUCCCUGCGCCUCGUCGUGGACGUGCGCAGGGUCGGGCCCGGGCUGUGGCAACGAGGCGUCUUAGACCCGUUCAGGUAA